AUGAUCCACAACGGCGCGCCGUAUCGCAUCGCACUCUCACUCGGAUCCGGCCCCGACGGGCUGGUGGGUGAUUGCACCUUUGAGGACGUGGUCCUUGCUGAUCACAUUCCGCACUGGGACAUGGCAUCGUCGGACAAGACAUACUACUUUACGGUCGACAUUCCGAACGUGGACGCGCCGUUUGCCACGCUCCAGCUCCUCAAUCCGAUGACUGACAAGCUAAUGGGCACCUCGUGCUCGACGAUCGGCAACGUGGAUGAUCCCGAGUGCUUCUCGGUCUACCACUCGUGCGCGUCGAUCAGCAUCACUGGCACCACGCCAGUCGCCGACUUUCUGGCCUCGUACACGUACACCACGCCGCCUGGCCUGCCGGCGCCGCCGACGCCAAAUGCAUGGAGCAAGGGAGAGAGCGGGACGUGGACCAACGGCUGGCUCCAGGGCCAGAGUACGACGGUCCACGGCGACGCAUGCACCGAGUCGACGGCGCCGGCCAACUGGCGGACGUUCCAUGGGACGUGCGCAGACUGCGGAUACCCGAGCACAUGUGGCGUUGAUCGGCCGCCGUCGCCGCCCGCGCCGCCGCCGCCGGCCACCGACGCCGGCCAGACUGUGUCGGGGAACAAGAACGAGGAUGUGAUGGGCAUGUCAAAGGCCGCGUUUGGCCUCGUCAUGGUCGUCAUUGUGGUGGCCGUCUUUGUCAUCGGCGCCGCUGUUGGGUUCAUCGUUUAUCGGGCCAAGACCGCAUCGCCGGCGUUCGCGCCCAGGCCCGCCGGCGAGGCCGGCACAGCAGGCGCGGUCUCGAUGCCUGACCGGUUCUAAGCCUGCUGCUGUGACACGCCUGCCACGGCAAGCUAAACACCUUUCACGCCGA